CAAAAGACAACGUUAGGGUUUUCAACUACCAUCCAAAUGGCGCCUGGCACAGUGUCUUCUUCUUCACAAAAAAUCAUCGCUCUUUAGCCAUAUCAGAGGAAACGCAGGCCUUAUUUCGGAAAGAUUAGCUUUUAUAUCAGAAAGGCAUAGGAUUACAUGUUGCUUUCAUCUUGAUUUUCAACUUUUUCCUUUUUUUUGCAACUCUGCUCCGUCCUCUUUCUGAGAAAUCUGACCGAGUCCGUCCAAGAAUACAACGUUCAGAUUUGAACAUUGUCAUUUGACUCGGUUUAAACCCUUACUUCAAGAUCCCGCCCAAAAUCUACAACCCUAAUUCCAUCCUAUAAAUACUAGAUUUUGGAGUUCAUUUGAGGAGAGUUUUUUUGGAGCCAUCACCCCUCACUUUAAAUUAUUGUCGAAACCACACUUCACUCUAGAAAGGGUACUUUCGAUUUCUGUCAAGAUUUUCGAACUCAAAGGGUUUCCCGAGUUCAAAGUAUUCGACGUUUGAGCCUUAGAUCGGUGAUCGAAGUGUCCUGUUCACUGCACUCAGAAAAGGUGGCGACUCCUUAAAUUAAAUAAUUUGGAAUCACCAAUAUGUCGUACUCCGCUUUGACCCAAUUAAAAUGGGGUAUAACAAAGGGUACCGCUAGAGUUGAUCCAUAUGCCUUCUCAAUGGACAACUUUAGGAAAUUUGCAAAACAAGCGGCUACAACGGACCAGCAAUCGAAGAUCAUAGUGUCCCAGCUCGAUGAUUAUGUGAGGAAGAGAGUGGAUGAGGCAUUAGAUCCUGUGAGAAUGACACUGUCCAUUCGACUGGAUGGAUUUGAGAUGAGAUUGAUCGCAUUGGAGAUAGCUUGCCCGACCACUUCCACUGAUGCUUUGAGGGCAGAGUUAGAGCAGCUUAAGGCUGAUGUUUCAUUGUUAAAGGCCCGUGAUCCGAGCCUAGUAGCAGCACCACCGUCUGUUUCGGAUGAGAUUGAGGAGGAGCUUCCAGUGGUGCAGUUAGUGGCCCCUACCGCAGCGGGUGGUCGGGGAAAGAGAAAGAGAGUGGCCCGAGAUGAGAAGGAGGUGCGAAAGCGCACUCGCCCUAGGGGUCCGAUUUUAGAGGAGCAGCGUAUGGUAGAGGCCAUUCAGAGAUCGCUCGUGGAGAAUGUCCAGGUUGGGACUAGGGGAGCCACCUCGAGCAGUGCUCCCAUUGGUGAGACAUUGCCACCACCCCUUCCUAUUCCAGUGCCAGCAGCUACUGGUGCUACUACAGAUGUUGCUGCUGAUGCAGCCACUAAGACUACUGCUGGUGCGGUUGCACCACUUGAUGUCUCGCAGACCGAUGACUCGCGAGAUGAGCAGCGCGCCUAGUGCGCCACAGGUAUUUCAAAGUUAGAAUGCUCGAAAAGCGAAAAAACGAGGAAAAUAAGCAAUCUGUUUUGAUAAGCAUAAGGACGGACCGUCAACAUGCUCGACGGUCCGUCGAGUUGCCUCGUCGAUAAGUUCCUGCAAAGUGACAAAUCAUCAGAUCGUCGACUUGCACUGUCGACAUGAUCGACGGUCCGUCGAAGUGCUUCGACGGUGGAGUUCCUGCAGAGUGAAAAAGAAUACUCAGAUUGUCAUUAUGGUUGUCGAACAUGUCGACAACCGUCGAAGUGCAAAGACGACCCGUCGAAGUGCAAACCGAGCUGGAACAGGACUGGGAUUGAUUAUUCUGAGCUUGACUUGUAUAAAUACCUGUUUAGGUUUUAUUUUUCAGACAUCUGGAGUUUUAGACUUGUAGUAAUUACUUUUGAGUUGUUAUUGCUUUUGAUGAUUUCCAGACAAUUACAUUCAUUACUUUCAAGUUUUAUUCGUACGUUCAAUACAAAAUUCAAUUAUGC